UAUACCGAAAUUGAAGUUAGUCAGGCUCUUAAUGCUAUUAUAAACGGUACCUCGGUUAAUAAGGCCUCGAUUAAGUGGUGGGCUAUACCACGAUUAACUCUACGGAAUCGUAUAAGAGGGCACCAGAACAGAUCCCUUGGUUUUACUGAGCUUCAGAGGCUUAAUCCAUGGCAGGAAAAUCGAUUAGUAAAAUGGAUUCGUAUUUAA